CCACAUCCUGGCAUCCUCACAGCCAGCAAUGACAUUGAUAUAGCAAUCAUGGCUGGUUCAUUCAGUCGCUUCUCAACAGACCUGGCGGGGCUGCUUGACAUUGCCAGCGACGCAGUGACAGCCACGAAGCUGACACUCCAGAACUCACGCGACAAGACCCUCCGGUCAUGGGUCCUCGUGCCCGCGGGCAUCCUCGCCAUUCUUGCCGCGUGCUUCGGCGUUGACGCCCUCUUCAGGCGCGUGUCGGUCUCGUUCCCGGCCUCGGUGGCGUGCAUGCUGCUGCUGUUUGCGGGCUUGUGGGUUGGCGAGCUUGUGGUUGGGGCUCAUCGCGUGCGGCGGGCUGUUGCUGUUAUUGAUGUUCCUGCCGGCUGGGCGCUGCGGUGGAUCAGCAUCCUCUUCACGCCGACGUUUGUCACGCUGCCCCUGAGCCCGCCGAUCGGUGCUGCUGAGGUUGGGAAGAUGAUUGCGGUGUUUGCUGUUGGGUUCGUCGUCAUGUUCGUCGGCACGGCCUACAUGACCCGGGGACUGCAGCUCCUCACCGGCUCACACAAGAAGGCCCAGGCCGCGAGGGCCGAGGAGCUGGGCCCACGAGACGAUGAGGUCGAUCUCGCGAGGAUGCCACCUACUCCUCCUCAUGCUCCUCCUCAAGACGACGACAACCCCUCCACAAUGUCCACAGGCGUCUCGACGCACACGUCGGCCGUCGCCCUGGACGAGCUGGCCCCGCCGGUCCCAGCUCACGGCCCAAACCACAUCCAGCCCGUGGCCGAGCACGUCGGCGGCAGCAACAGCAACAACAACAACACACCGCCCGCGAGCCCUCCCCCUCCCCCUCCUCCUGCGCCCUUACAGCAGCAAGCCCCACCGCGCGCCCGUCUCUGGGCGGCCGUGAUGCAGCGCCACCUCGACACGCUCACCUACCUCGCCCUGCUUAUAUCCGUCGGCCUGCCCGUCUACUACGCCACGGGGUACGCGAUGCCCCUCCACCUGGCCUUCACGGUGCUCAUGUACCGCGCCGCGCUGGCCCUGCCGCCCGCGUGGAGACAGGUCCUCCACCCGGUGAUCGUGUCGGCGCUGCUCACGGUGCUGGGGAUAUGGGCGUUUGCGGCGGUGGCGCACCACGGCGGGGGACUCAUGCCCGUCCUGGAGGGAUACACCACGGGGAACAAGUACCUCCAGCUGUGGCGGCACGCCACCAGCGCCAGGGGUCAGGGGCAGGGGAUGCCCCCCGGCGCGGGCGACAUCCUCUCCUCCGUGCUGGACGCGUCCAUCGUCGGCCUCGCCCUGCCCAUGUACCAGUACCGCCGCGAGCUGGUCUCCCACGGCGCUGCCAUCGCCGUCCCCAGCGUCGUGCUGAGCGCGGCCAGCCUCUACGCGUACCCGGCCGCCUGCGCCGCCGUGGGCGGGAUCUCGCCCCCGCGCGCGCUGGCGUUUGCGAGCCGCAGCCUCACGCUCGCGCUUGCUAUCCCGGCCACGGCGAACCUGGGCGGGGACGAGAGGACCGUCGCUGCUGUUGCUAUCAUGAGCGGGGUCGUCGGGGCGCUUGUUGGGGGGAGGGUGUUGGGGUGGCUUGGGAUUCCGGAGGGUGACCAGGGUGCUGCUGGCCUGCUUGCACUUAUUUGUAUGUCAGAGGGUGCAAGAGCUUCUAUCUGA